UAACUCGGAUUAGAAUCGAGCUGAGCACUAACGGUAGAACAGAUGUCUCUCGGUACGGUUUGGUCUUGCUUGCGACAAAUGCCUUCGGUAGCAUUUUACGCCUUUUAGGCCGCCGUAUUGCUGCCGAUGGUACGACAAUGUUUGCCCUUGGCAUAGGCCAACCAUUCACACUUAUAGACCGAGCUAUCAGCGCCAUUGUUAACCACCCUCCAGCUGAACGAUACAGGCGGGCACUGACACUACGGGAUUUCAACUUCUUUAGAAACAAUGUCCUCGAGAAUCCAACCAUCCGAUUGCUCUGUCCAGGAGAUAUCGGUGGCCUGUGUGGAAGAGGUACGGUUUGUGAUAAAGCUGACAACACGAGAUGCGUCCAGGGUACCUGUGUGUGUAAUGCACGAUUACAGAAUACAAACGGAGUUUGUGUGACUGGCCCAAUCAUCGGUGAAUCAUGCAAUAUAGGAGAAUGUAGCGUGGCAGAUUCGGAGUGUUCUCCUCUACGUGUGUGUCAGUGUAUCGAGGGUUUCACAGCCAUUGGUACGACCGGCUGUCAAGAAAAUGAUAGUUCAGGACCAGUAGAGGCACGCGACAGAACAGUCGGCAUUCUAGUAGCGGUCUUGCCUUUCCUCUUGACUGGGGUUAUUCCAUUUUAACAAUAACACAAAUUGGAAAAGAGAAGCCUGGAAAACGAUUGAUGCUGAGAAAAUUACAUCAGUUCUGAUGCUAAAUUUCAUCAAAUGGCAUACGAAUGAGAAUAAAAUGUGUUAUAGUCU